GUGUGGAGUUCAUCUCCUGCAGACGAACACGGGUUUCUCUUGCAGUAUAGGUAUCACCGGAAUGCUAUGAUCAUCAGUUUACACCUCUGUCUUUGGGAACUUCCCGGGGAAAAUUACCAGGUGGCCCUUCUCCGGGUGGCGGUGCCCCCUGGCACCUUCGGAAUGUCCUCAGUGACUCAGUGGAGAGUUCAGACGAUGAAUUCUUUGAUGCUAGAGAGGAGGUGGCUGAAGGGAAGAACGCCAUUCUUAUUGGAAUGAGCCAGUGGAGCUCCAAUGACCUGGUGGAGCAGAUUGAGACUAUGGGAAAACUGGAUGAGCAUCAAGGAGACGGGGCCACAGCAUGCACGUCCAGCGUCUUGCAGGAGAAGCAGCGAGAACUGUACCGAGUGUCCCUUAGAAGGCAGCGGUUCCCAGCCCAAGGAAGCAUCGAGAUCCAUGAAGAUGGCGAGGAAGGCUGCUCACAGCGCUCCUGCAAGACGCAUGUCCUCCUGCUGGUGCUGCAUGGGGGCAACGUCCUGGACACUGGCUCUGGUGACCCUUCCUGCAAGGCGGCCGACAUUCACACCUUCAGCUCAGUGCUGGAGAAGGUCAUGCGCGCCCACUUCCCUGCUGCCCUGGGCCACAUCCUCAUCAAAUUCGUCCCUUGUCCUGCCAUCUGCUCGGAGGCUUUCUCGCUCGUCUCUAACCUGAACCCCUAUAGCCACGACGAGGGCUGCCUCAGCACCAGCCAGGACCACGUUCCCCUGGCUGCCCUACCCCUGCUGGCCAUCUCCUCCCCACAGUACCAGGAUGCUGUUGCCACUGUCAUUGAGCGAGCCAACCACAUCUACGGCGAGUUUCUCAAGUCCUCUGAUGGGACUGGCUUCAGUGGGCAGGUGUGUCUCAUCGGGGACUGUGUGGGCGGCCUCCUGGCUUUCGAUGCCAUCUGCUACAGUGCGGGGCCCUCAGGGGACAGCCCUGGAAGCAGCAGUCGGAAGGGGAGCAUCAGCAGUACCCAGGACUCCCCUCUGGUGGUGGAGGAGGACUGCAAUCUGGCCAGCAGCAAGCGGCUCAGCAGGAGCAACAUUGAUGUCUCUAGUGGAGUGGAGGAUGAGGACCCCAAGAGGCCACCGGCACGGAAACAGAGUGACUCCUCCACUUACGACUGCGAGGCCAUCACCCAGCAUCACGCCUUCCUCUCAAGCAUCCACUCCAGUGUGCUGAAGGACGAGGCUGAGGCUCCUGCAGCUCGCACACCCCAGCUCUCUGAGGUCAGCCUGGGUCGCUUUGACUUUGACGUGUCUGACUUCUUCCUCUUCGGCUCACCCCUGGGCCUGGUCCUGGCCAUGCGGAGGACAGUGCUGCCUGGGAUAGAUGGGUUCCAGAUGCGUCCUGCCUGUAGCCAGGUCUACAGCUUCUUCCACUGUGCAGAUCCCUCUGCCUCACGGCUCGAGCCACUGUUGGAGCCCAAGUUCCACCUGGUGCCUCCUGUCAGCGUGCCUCGAUACCAGAGGUUUCCCCUGGGCGACGGACAGUCUCUCCUGCUUGCUGAUGCCCUGCACACCCACAGCCCCCUCUUCCUGGAGGGCAGCUCCAGGGGGAGCCCCCCGCUUCUGGACGCCCCUGCUUCGCCCCUUCAUGCCCCAAGAUUCCAACGCCCAGGACGGAGACUAAGCGAAGGCAGCUCCCAUAGCGACAGUUCAGAGUCCUCGGACAGCCUGGCACCUAUGGGUGCCUCCCGCAUCACAGCCAAAUGGUGGGGAACCAAGAGGAUUGACUAUGCCCUGUACUGUCCUGAUGUCCUCACCGCCUUCCCCACUGUGGCCCUGCCCCAUCUCUUCCACGCCAGCUACUGGGAGUCUACUGAUGUGGUUGCCUUCAUCUUGAGACAGGUGAUGCGUUAUGAGAGUGCAAGCGUGAAGGAGAACACUGGCCUGGACCCCACGGCUCUGAGCCCCGCCAACCCCCGAGAGAAGUGGCUACGCAAGCGGACCCAGGUCAAGUUGCGGAAUGUUACUGCGAACCACCGUGCCAAUGACGUAAUUGCUGCUGAAGAUGGCCCCCAGGUCCUGGUGGGGCGCUUCAUGUAUGGCCCUCUUGACAUGGUGGCUCUGACUGGAGAGAAGGUGGACAUCCUGGUGAUGACAGAGCCAUCAUCAGGCCGCUGGGUCCACCUAGACACAGAGAUCACCAACAACAGUGGCAGAGUCACAUACAGUGUGCCCCGGCCCCGGCGCCUAGGGGUUGGUGUCUACCCUGUAAAGAUGGUGGUCAGGGGUGACCAGACCUGUGCAAUGAGCUACCUCACGGUGCUGCCCCGAGGCAUGGAGUGUGUUGUGUUCAGCAUUGAUGGGUCCUUUGCGGCCAGUGUGUCUAUCAUGGGAAGUGACCCCAAGGUCCGGCCAGGUGCAGUGGAUGUUGUGCGGCAUUGGCAGGACCUGGGCUACAUGAUUCUUUACAUCACGGGGCGGCCGGACAUGCAGAAGCAGCGAGUGGUGUCGUGGCUGUCCCAGCACAACUUCCCACAGGGCAUGAUCUUCUUCUCGGACGGACUGGUACACGACCCGCUGAGGCAGAAGGCCAUCUUCCUUCGCAACCUCAUGCAGGAGUGCUUCAUCAAAAUCACUGCUGCCUACGGCUCCACGAAGGACAUCUCUGUCUAUAGCGUGCUGGGUCUCCCCGCAUCCCAGAUCUUCAUUGUGGGCCGGCCCACCAAGAAGUACCAAACCCAGUGCCAGUUCCUGAGUGAAGGCUACGCUGCACACCUGGCGGCACUGGAGGCCAGCCACCGCUCUCGCCCUAAGAAGAACAACUCACGAAUGAUCCUGCGCAAGGGCAGCUUCGGGCUGCAUGCCCAGCCUGAGUUUCUGCGCAAGCGCAACCACCUGCGUAGGACCAUGUCGGUGCAGCAGCCGGACCCACCGGCCACCAACCCCAAGCCCGAGCGGGCGCAGAGCCAGCCCGAGUCCGACAAGGACCAUGAGCGGCCACUGCCUGCGCUUAGCUGGGCUCGUGGGCCCCCCAAGUUCGAGUCGGUGCCCUGAGAGGUGGGCGGUGCUCAGAACAGUGGGCACAGCUAGGCAUCCUGCAGGGACGGGAAGCAUUGUCUUCUCCCCGACACAGGCAUUUUCCUGCUUUUCCCCUCCCGUGUCUGUCCAGCAGUGUCCGACCAGAGCAGGGAGGAACCUUGCCCUGGCAUUGGAGAGCUCUCUGAGCUGCGAUGGGGUGAAUUCUGGGGUGUCUCAGUGAAGCCACCGCCUCCCCACGCCUGUGCCGGCAAGCUGGAGUCAGGGGUAGUGUGUGUGCGUGUGUGACCCUGGGGCCAAGGCUGCCUGUGCCUAGUGUUUGGGUAAAGACGACCAUCUUGUCCUGAGGUUUCUGUAGCCGCACUAGGCAGGUUCUAAAAAGAGAAGCCCCCAGGGCUGGGCAGACUGCCGGGCAAGCAGCUGGUUGCAGGUACAGCAACUUGACUAUCUAUAGAGUAGUGAAUGGCAUUUGUGCCUGCCCUCCUUGUGACAUCCAGGACAUCACUUUGGGUCUGGCUGUCUUGUGACACAGGAGAUCACUUUACGGGAGAGGAAAUUCCCUGGGUCCAAUCUAUGUAUGUGGAGUCUGUCCACAACCCUGGGGACUGGGCCUGGUGCUGACUGUCUGUCUUGCAGUUGUCCUUUGUGUCCCCUUUUGUUCUCCUGUGGCCCCUGGAGACAGUCCUCUUCCUCCUUGGGUCUUGCCUUGUGCAGCCGUGGACUCAACAGGCUGCAGCUGGGCUGGCUGUGUGCUCCCCUGC